ACUGGGCGUGACGGCCAUUUUGUUUUGGACAUCGAGCGGGAGUUGGCGGCAGCUGUGGUGGCACAGACGAAGGAAGGAAAGGGAAGCCGGGCGAGCAGACUGACCGGUCGCCCAAACGGCCACUUAUAACAACGAACUAACCUAGCGACGCACCACUUACGUAUCUAACCAACCGCCCAUCAAGUUAACCCGAGCUCCCCUAGCGUCAACUCAGGUUCGGCCGGUUUCCGGCCUCCCUGCUCAGCCGUGGUGGCAGCCCCGGGAGGAACGCUGGCGUCCGUUUCCUUCGAUUCUCGGGAUUUGAAGAUGGCUGCACAGUCAGCACCGAAAGUUGUGCUAAAAAGCACCACCAAGAUGUCUCUAAAUGAGCGCUUUACUAAUAUGCUGAAGAACAAACAGCCGAUGCCAGUGAAUAUUCGAGCUUCGAUGCAGCAACAACAGCAGCUAGCCAGUGCCAGAAACAGAAGACUGGCCCAGCAGAUGGAGAAUAGACCCUCUGUCCAGGCAGCAUUAAAACUUAAGCAGAAGAGCUUAAAGCAGCGUCUGGGUAAGAGUAACAUCCAGGCACGGUUAGGCCGACCCAUAGGGACCCUGGCCAGGGGAGCAAUUGGAGGACGCGGCCUGCCCAUAAUCCAGAGAGGCUUACCCAGAGGAGGACUACGUGGGGGACGUGCCACAAGAACCCUUCUUAGGGGCGGGAUGUCGCUCCGAGGUCAAAACCUGCUCCGAGGUGGACGAGCCGUAGCUCCCCGAAUGGGCUUAAGAAGAGGUGGUGUUCGAGGUCGUGGAGGUCCUGGGAGAGGGGGCCUAGGGCGUGGAGCUAUGGGUCGUGGAGGAAUCGGUGGUAGAGGUCGGGGUAUGAUAGGUCGGGGAAGAGGGGGCUUUGGAGGCAGAGGCAGAGGCCGUGGCCGAGGGAGAGGUGCCCUUGCUCGCCCUGUACUGACCAAGGAGCAGCUGGAUAACCAGUUGGAUGCAUACAUGUCGAAAACGAAAGGACACCUGGAUGCAGAGUUGGAUGCCUACAUGGCACAGACAGAUCCUGAAACCAACGAUUGAAGCCUGCCCACCUACCCAUGAGAGACUCUAUAAAGUCACCGUACCUAUAAAUAACUUUAAGAUAACAGAUGAGAAGAAAUCUGACUGAUGCUGGAAGGACCUAUCACAACAGGCUAUGGACUGACUUGCCACCAGUUGUGCAUUUAGUGUUCCUUUUACUUUUUGAUACUGUGUUGUAUGAAACCAUUUUUCCCCCUUUGACUUGGUUUUAUAUAUAUAUAUGUAUGUACACACACACAUAUUUUUUUUCACCCAGAUUUCUCUUUGAAUAUGAAUGUGUUGGCCUUGUGGCUAGGACACCCUCUUCCCGCCUGCCUCCCCUCAUAAAUGCUUUGGUGUUCUAAUACUUCCUCUGUUCAUCUCUGUGCCUCCAAGAAGAGUCAUUUAAGGUACACUCUACAAUCAGUGUAAUUGGGAGAUUAAUGUGCCUCCCUGAUGUCUGGGUUUCUGAGGUAUAGUUCUGUUCUACAUCUUUAAUGUCCUCUUAGAAGUGUAUAAAAAUCUGAAGUGCAAAAAUGCAUUCUGCUGCGUUGAUGAUUUCACAUAGCAAAUUGGGAACAUUGACUUAGCUACAGGGCCACAUGACAGAUUACAGGUGGUAGCAGCUCUGAUAUGGUUAAAGUUACUACUAUGUGUGUUGACACUACAAAGAUGAUAACCAGUGUUUGGGUUGUAUGUGUACUUUCUACCCCUGAAUGAGAUGAAUAAACUUUCCUCUUGGCUUUAUAUCAUGUCCAAAGGGAUACUGCUGGGUUGGCUUACAACUGCAAUGUGGAGGAAGAAGCCGUUUGGUUUGGCAGAUGCUUCAGGAGGGGGAGAUGGCAGACCAAUGCUGGCAGGGGUCAGAAGAUGCCCAUGCUGAAAUGCUCUUAUCGUUAUGUUUACUCCAAACCAGUCUUGGGCUUCUCCCACUCACUGACUUUGUUUGACCCACUUUUUAUUUCCCUUAAAGUUUUGAUUAAGUUCAACAUAUUCUGUCAGUUUUUCCAGUUUCAGUGGAAUCUUGUAUUUCUGGUUCAUUAUAACAAGAAAUCGUUUUCUUAAAUCCA